CAAGAAGUCUCGACUAAUUUCACUUCCUAUUUCCGGUCACUUGUCAACUUCGGGUUUUAAAAAUCAUGACUGCUUCCAACAACUUUUCUACUAUACCUGAGGAACUUAAAGGAAAGAUGAAAAAAUUUCGAUUCAGAAAAGAAAAAACAAUAGCAGCUAUCAUAAUGAAGAUAAACAAGGACAACGACGAGGUGGAAUUGGAGGAGGAAUUGGAGGACUGUACUAUUGAGGAGAUUCAAGAGGAAAUCUGUGCUCAACAACCACGCUACAUUGUCAUCAGCUAUAAAUACUCACAUGGUGACGGACGUAUCUCAUAUCCAAUCUUCUUUGUUUACUACUCACCUGGCGGAUGCAGCACAGCCCUACAGAUGCGGUAUGCUGGCACAAAAUCCAGGUUACAACAGGAACUCGGAAUCACUAAGACUUUUAUAAUCGAAGAUAUUGAAGCACUGACAGAAGAAUAUUUAAAUACCCAAGUGGAAUUUUACCGGUAGUACAGGAGUUGUCUCCCCUUGAAGGUUCACAUGAUGAUAUGCCAUCAUAGUCCAAUUAAUGUAGAGAGAAUCGGAUUUCCUUUGCGUGGUUUGAAUGUUUGAACUGCAUGGUGUCGCAAGUGUUGAAAGACAGACAAAAAGUUUGACACCUUUUGGACCUUAAUUUUUUACUUCAAUAUCUGCUUUAUGAAACAAUUCUUUUGUACAUACCAUCCAACCAAAGACAUUCAACAAAGAUACAUAACUUUCAACAGUUAAGCCACAGAAAGGAAUGCACCGAACAGUGAGUCAGAUUAGACAGGUUAAUGAUUGAAUGACUGGAUUCCACAGGGUGUCAGACAAGACAGGUUUCAUUGUACAUGUACAUUGUGUACAUGCUUAUUUAUCCUUAUAUGUCUGGUUCCUCUGCAUCAAUGGGGGAAAAAAAGAAAUAGAAAAAAGUGUUCCAAAGGUUUGAAGUAUGAUGAACAUUUGACAGUUUGAAGUAUGAUGAAAAUUUGACAGUUUGAAGUAUGAUUAACAUGUGGAUCUAUUACGGUCUGUUCCUGAUUCUCGGCAUUCCCUGAAUCUGCAGAAUAAAUCAUUAAUAAUCUGCUGUCAUAUUGAUUUGCAGCGCUCUGAAGAGCUUUGUUGGUGAUUUUCAGCCUCAAAGAUCUUGGAGACAGAUAACUUGUUUGAUUUGGUUCAAACCAUUAAUGUGAGAUUUAUACAGAGUAUGAAGUCUGUAAUCAAGAUUGAUCAUUAUACAGAAAACUACUUUGCAGGGAAACGGUUUUAAGAAACUUUUAUAGGAUAAUUAAUGUUUCAUUGUUAAGCAAAAUUAAAAGAAAACACAAAAUAUGUCUGAAGAAUCACUGCAGUACAUGUAUGCUUGUUUCGGAUUUUUUUCAUGACAUAAUUUUCAGGGAGCUUAUAAAAUCUUGUUUUUAAGUACUUGACUGAAGGAUGAAAAGUGUGAACAUUUUAAAAAUGAGUUUUUUUGAGCACCAACAUUCCGGAGCAUUAAGUACCUCCCCUUUGUCUCAGGUUCUAAGAUGUUGGGACCAUGGUCUGUCAGGUGAUAUUUGUUCUCGUGAUAAAAUACUUACAAUGGUCGUCAGAUAUUUUUAGUGACAUCAUACCAAAGUUUUGUUUUCGAUUUUGUGUGCUAGACUUAUAAAGACGAGUGUUUGAUAUCAUUCCGUUAAACUUUUCUUGUAUUUUGAGCUUCUAAAUGUAUCAUUCACUAUUUUAUAGUUUCUUUCAUACUUCAAAUAUAUUUUAAGCUUUUUUUCUUAAAAAGACGUUUUACUCUAAAGACUUGUACCUACUUAUUUUAAGUAUCAGCAUUAAUUAUCUACCAAAUACUUUUUUGCCUUUAGGACAACAAGAUAUACAUAUGCCAGCUUGCUACGCAAUGUAACUUAAAAUUUUAAGGUUGAGCCCUCCUGUCCUAGUCUUGAGGAUUAGCCAUUUUCCUGAUAAAGCUGAUCAUUUUUGCUUACCAGCUUAAAAUUCCUAAAAUCAAUAGUUUGAUAAUCUUAUAUAAUCUUAGAUAUUGUUCUUUGAGAUCAUUAACCUAUUUGAUUUUAUGGUAUAAAAGUUAGUUUAGAUGCUGAUCAGGGGGGAUAAGUUGAUAAAUCAGGAGAAUUUUCCUGUUAAUCAAAGGGGCAUGACAGACAUCCAACCAUCUCGGUCUGUAUACUGUAUGUGUUUUAUAUACAAUAUGUGUACAUGUAUUUAUACAGACUUUGGGGAAUCUAUGACAUGUCCCUGUGUAAAUAAUGGAAUUAUUGUUCACUUUACACAAACAAAAACUUCUUUUAAUUAUUUGUUUGGUGUGUACAUACUUUUAAUUAUUUUUUUGGUGUGUAUUUGGUUAAGAUGUCUCCCACAUCUGUUCAUAUUUUCAACCUAAUCUUACCUAAAAUGCUCAAUUUUCAUUCAUUGUCACCAUUUUGGAGCUCACUUGAUGUGAAACGUCAUUGUUUAUCAAUCAUUACUAUUAUUAUAAAAUUGUUAUAUUUAUUAAUAAUUUGUAAUUUGUAAAAAUCAACAUUCUUCAAAGAAAAAUCCUGUCAUCAGGGCUUCCAGUAGACCCUUGAGAGUAUGUUUUUGACUCUCGAAAUGAUGGGUGACUCUUGGGUUUGAAGGGACUUGUCUAUUUGACAUAUGUUUUGACCCUUCAGAUUUCUCAGAAAUAGUGAUUUGACUCCUGAAAUUGCUAAAAGUAAAGGUCAACUAGAUGCUCUGGUAAUAAAAUUUUGAAAUAUGUCCAGUAGCCACUUCCUUUUCGAAUCAACCUCCAGAAUCCAAUAGUUUUACUAAGUCAGACGGAUAUACCUACUACCUAUAUGUAAUGUGAUGUAUAUAUCAAUCAGGAUAUGUCUGGAUUGUAAAUAGAGUCAAACCUUGUUGUCUCCUCUCUUAUAACUUAUCACCCUUCUUAUAUCAUAAUAACAAUUCAGUUCCAAUAGCAAAAUUUCUAUACAUCUCAAAUCUUGAAUGUUUUUUUUUCAUAGCCUAACUUACAUGGAGAUAAUGAAGUUUGACUAUGUGCUUUACAUAUUUGUGUGUAUAUAUUACAAUAUGUACCUAUAUUUACAAACUGUCAUAUCCUAAACAUUAUAUUCACAAACAUUUUUAUACCAUCACUUGUAUGCUAUGAUAUACAGUACACAUAUAUACCAUUAUUUACAGGAUAUAUCUUAACAUAGAGUUUGUACCAAAGUCAUACUUUUAAUCAUCGAUCAGACAUUUAUCUUGUUGACGCCAGUGUAGAAGUAUUGAAGGAAUCUUACCUGUCAAACAAACAUAGUACCAUAUAUAUCAAUUGCACUGGUACAGUGUAUAUAUACAAUACAUUGUUUGAAUUUUAUCUGUUGUUUUAAAUUUUUUGUUGCAAUUACAUUCUUUUUUGAAGGGGCAGGGGGAUGCAAGUUUUUUAAGUGUCAGCAAUUUUCAAAGAUGUUAUUGUUAAUUUUCUUAUUUUCUUGUCUUUGUUGAAAUUUUUAUAUUCCCGUCUCGAACUUAAAGUUAUCAUUCAACUUUUUAUGGGCCUGUGAUAUUGAUAAAAAACACAAUAGCAAUUACAUAUUGUAAGUUCACAUUUGAUACACAGGGACUUGUAUUAUUUUUGACAUAUAUUGUGUCCUAAAAGAAUAGGCUUUUAUACAAAUGUGUAUUUGUCCAUUCUCUGUUUGGUCUAUUUAUUGAAACUACUGCUUUUGAAACAAUGUACUGGUACAUUUAUGCAUAUCUGAAUAAAUUUGGUUUGAAACCAA